ACAGGCAUGCUGAGUGAUACUUUGUUCAUAUUUUGGCUGUAGGUUUGCCUAAGAAACAGCACGCCCUUCAGAAUGGAAGAUUUUAUCUGCCUAUUUGAUGGGGUUCAGAGCUAAGAUGGCUGACUAAAUAAGCAUGGGGGAUUGGAAUUUCCUUGGAGGCAUCCUGGAGGAAGUUCACAUGCACUCUACCAUGAUUGGAAAGAUCUGGCUCACUAUCCUGUUCAUAUUUCGGAUGCUUGUUCUGGGUGUAGCAGCUGAAGAUGUCUGGAAUGAUGAGCAGUCUGGCUUCAUCUGCAAUACAGAACAGCCCGGCUGCAGAAAUGUAUGCUAUGAUCAGGCCUUUCCUAUCUCCCUCAUUAGAUACUGGGUUUUGCAGGUGAUAUUUGUGUCUUCACCAUCCCUGGUCUACAUGGGCCAUGCUUUGUACCGAUUGAGAGUUCUGGAGAAGGAGAGGCAGAUGAAGAAAGCUCAACUGAGAGGAGAACUGGAGUGGGUAGAGCUUGAACUGCCUGGAGACCGGAGGAGACUGGAGCAAGAACUUUGUCAGCUGGAGCAAAGGAAACUAAAUAAAGCUCCACUCAGAGGAACCUUGCUUUGCACUUACGUGAUACACAUUUUCACUCGCUCUGUGGUUGAAGUUGGGUUCAUGAUUGGACAGUAUCUUUUAUAUGGAUUUCACUUAGAGCCUCUAUUUAAAUGCCAUGGCCACCCAUGUCCAAAUAUAAUUGACUGUUUUGUCUCAAGACCCACAGAAAAGACGAUAUUCCUAUUAUUUAUGCAAUCCAUAGCUACUGUUUCACUUUUCCUAAAUGUUCUAGAAAUUUUCCACCUAGGUUUUAAAAAGAUUAAAAGGGGGCUUUGGGGACAAUAUAAAUUGAAGGAUGAACAUAAUGAAUUCUGUACAAACAAAUCAAAACAAAACCUUGCCAAAUAUCAAAACACAUCUGCAAAUUCACUGAAACGACUCUCUUCCGCACCUGAUUACAGCCUGUUAGUGGACAAGCAAACACACACAGCAGUGUACCCUAGUUUAAAUUCAUCUGCAUUUCAGACAGACCCUGAUAAUCACAGUAGAAAUGAUGAGAAAGGCAUUUUGGAUGAAGAGGAAACUGUACUUUCUAAUGAGAUGUGCACACCUAGGACUACGUGUAGUCAUCUUCAAAACAUCAGCUCAAGUAAUAAAGAAGACACUCAUAAAAUAUCUGGAAAAGAAGUUCAUGGUGACCAGUUGAGGGAAAAAAGAGAAACUGACAGCAAAGACAGGAAAAGGGACCACUACUCUAGAGGUCACUGUUCUAUUCCAGGUGAUGCUAUAGAUCUGAACAACCGCACAGGGCAGUCACCCCAAACAGUUUUCUCUCUGCCAGCUAACUGCACUUGGAGACCGAAGUGGCUUCGUGCUACAUACGGUCCCUCUGCAGAAAAUGAAAACCAGGCAUUACCUCCUAAAGGUAACCUCAAGGGCCAGCUGAGAGAGAGCACUAUCAGAACCCUUGCUCCUUCACAGGGAGGCUUCCAACCACUUGACACUCCAGACACUCCUGAUUCUUUGGGAGGGUUGUCUUUUGAAUCCGAGUUGGUCAGAACCUGCAAUAACCAUGCUGCUUGUUCUCCAAAUCCUUUAGUGUCACUGACAAACAACCUCAUUGGUAGGCGGGCUCCCACAGAUCUUCAAAUCUGAACAGCUGUUGGCUUUUACACAUUCUACAUAUUAUAUUAUCAUAGAAGUAGCCUAGUGAUGGUGGAACACAGAUGAUACAGAUAAGGGCUGUUUUAAAGACCAGGUGUUUAGACAGACAACAGCAAACCCAUUUUAAAAAGGGACAAUGGCUCUAAUUCUGAAUUGGGGAGGAGUGGUUUCAAAUUCAAAGACAUAGAGUUACCAAAUCAGGAUUACUUUUUCACGGGGCUCCCUUCAAAGUAUGUGAAAACUGAUUUGGGGAAAAUCUUAUGUUCAGAACUGAAGUUAAAUGGAACCAGGUUUUUCCUUGAAGGGAGUACAGGCUUCGGAGAUUGUUCUUGGUCUAUGUAAUUCCUUCUUUUAGUUAUUAGUCUUUUAUUUUUGGACACUGGUUAAAUUUUGUUUGCCCCUGCGACUUAACUUAGUUUCCUUAUAGACUGGAACCUGAUGUGU